CGGACGAGCCUGCGCACGGAGUCGGCAGCCGAGGGCCUGGGAACCAGAGUAGGUGUAGGACCGGGACCGGGAGCUGCCACCGCCACCAUGAACGUGGUGCUGGCUGUCAAGCAAUAUGUGUCCAAGAUGAUCGAGGAGAGCGGGCCCGGCAUGAAGGUGCUGCUGAUGGACAAGGAGACGACCAGCAUCAUCAGCAUGGUGUACAGCCAGUCGGAGAUCCUGCAGAAGGAGGUGUACCUCUUCGAGCGCAUCGACUCCACCAACAGGGAGACCAUGAAACAUCUGAAGGCCAUCUGCUUCCUGCGGCCCACCAGGGUGAACGUGGAACUGCUGAUGAAGGAGUUACGCAGACCCAAAUAUGGCCAGUUCUUCAUCUACUUCAGUAACGUGAUCAGCAAGGCCGACAUCAAGGAUCUGGCAGAAGCAGACGAGAACGAGGUGGUCUCCGAAGUCCAGGAGUUUUAUGGAGAUUUUAUCGCUGUCAGCCCUCACGUGUUUUCCUUCAACCUCACUGGCUGCUCUGAGGGAUGGAACUGGAACUUCCCGGCCAUGGUCCGGAGCACGGAGGGACUGACGGCUGUUCUCCUGUCCCUGAAGAAAUGCCCCAUGAUCCGUUACCAGGCUUCCUCAGACAUGGCCAAGCGGUUGGCAGCCUCCGUCAAGCAAGUCAUCACUAGGGAGUACGAGCUCUUCGACUUCCGCAGGACAGAGGUUCCUCCGUUGCUGCUCAUUUUGGAUCGAAGCAGUGAUCCCAUCACCCCUCUCCUCAACCAGUGGACAUACCAGGCGAUGGUUCACGAGCUGCUGGGGAUUAGUAACAAUCGCAUCGACCUGUCCCGGGUGCCAGGCAUCAGCAGAGACCUGAAGGAGGUGGUGCUCUCAGCCGACAGCGAUGAGUUCUAUGCCAACAACAUGUACCUGAACUUUGGCGAGAUUGGCUGCAACAUCAAGAACCUGAUGGAAGAUUUCCAGAAGAAGAAACCCAAACGACAGCAGAAACUAGAGUCCAUCGCUGACAUGAAGGCUUUUGUUGAGAACUACCCUCAGUUCAAGAAGAUGUCCGGCACGGUGGCCAAGCACGUGACGGUGGUGGGCGAGCUGUCGAGGCUGGUGGCGGAACGCAACUUGAUGGCCGUGUCAGAGGUCGAGCAGGAGCUGGCCUGCCAGAAUCACCACUCCAAGGCCUUACAGAACGUGAAGAGGUUGCUCGAGGACCCAAAGGUGACAGACCUGGAUGUCACAAGGCUGGUAAUGUUGUACGCACUACGCUACGAGAAACAUCAGGACAAAAACCUCAGCUCACUCCUACAAACCAUGAGCCAUCGACGCAUCUCAGAAACAUACAGACAGUUAGUGACGGGAAUCGUGGAAUACGGGAGGAUAAAGGUCAGCAGUGACGACCUUGUGACGCCCAAGGAUGCAGUUGCCUUCACAAAACAAUUCUUCAAAGGAUUUAAGGGCGUUGAGAACGUGUACACCCAGCACCAGCCCAGACUUCAUGACACUCUGGACCAGCUUCUGAAGGGAAAACUGAAGAGCAACGACUACCCCUUCCUCGGGAACACCGUACUGCGGGACCGGCCCCAGGACGUGGUGGUAUUCCUGAUCGGUGGCGCAACGUACGAGGAGGCGCAGACCGUGUACAACCUGAAUCGGACCAACCCCGGAGUGAGAAUCGUGCUGGGAGGGACCACCAUACACAACACCAAGAGCUUCCUGGAGGAACUGGUGUCUUCUGGCUUCCACAACCGGGGGACGGGAAAGCUGGAUGAAAUGAGUCGCUCGUCUCGCUGGUGAAACUCCCGCCGAUGCUUCCACCGGCACCUCCUCCGUUCCCCGCGGCCGUGACUGCGCCCAGCACCGUGAAACACUUGACCUGCACUUUGCCUGUACAUGCAAUACAAACGUUAACUCUC